UGCAGAAAAAUAACCGGCCAGCCCUGGAGCUGCUUCUCGGCUCUUCCAACAUCCCGUACCUGCCACCGUUCAGUUCAGUCUUCAGUUAUCCGCUGCCACUGCCAGGCGACCAACAAGUGACCGUGGAUCAGGCAUGCCUGCGCUUCUCGUGAACACCGUCUCGGUCUCCCCCGCCGCCUCAAGGCUAGGCUCCUCGCGGCCCGCCACGGCACGGCGAGCAGCAAGCGCCCGCCACGGCCACAGGUGCCGAGCCGAAGCAUCCGGCAGCUCGUGGGUGUCGGACUACGACCUGUACGAGCUGCUGGGCGUGGAGCGGUCCUCGCCGCAGUCGGAGAUCAAGGCGGCGUACCGGUCGCUGCAGAAGCGGUGCCACCCGGACGUGGCCGGCGCCGCCGGCGGCCACGACAUGGCCGUCGUCCUCAACGAGGUGUACGCGCUGCUCUCCGACCCGGACGCGCGCCUGGCCUACGACCAGGAGCAGGCGCGCCGCUCCGAGUUCGCCGGCUACACGGGCCGCCCGCUAUACUCCUCCUGGGUCGGCGCCGAGUCCGAGCGCCGGGCGGUGUUCGUCGACGAGGUGCGCUGCGUCGGCUGCCUCAAGUGCGCGCUCCACGCGUCCCGGACCUUCGCCGUCGAGUCCGUCUACGGCCGCGCCCGCGCCGUCGCACAGUGGGCCGACGACGAGGACAGGAUCGUCGACGCCAUCAACACCUGCCCCGUCGACUGCAUCUCGAUGGUGGAGAGGUCGGACCUGGCGGCUCUCGAGUUCUUGAUGUCCAAGCAACCGCGCGGCAGAGUCCGCGUCUCCGAAGGCAACGCGGUGGGAGCUCGCGCGCCCAACAUCUUCAACGAAGUCGCCAAGUUCAAGAAAAGGUUCGAUGAGAUGAAGCAGAAAUCUGCGGCCAGAGAAUUCCAGGAGUCGGAGGCGGCACGGCAGUCGAGGACUUCAGCAGUCCACGCCAUCAGAUCCAUGUCGAACUGGUGGUACUGGCGGCCAUUCGGGUUCGGGCCAUCGGCCCCGGUCACCAUUGUCCUCGCUUCGCGCCUCCUGCCGCCGCCGCCGGCGGCACCCGCUGACCCCGUGACGGAGAGGCUCCAAGAAGCAGCCGCCGCCCGGCGCAAGACGGGAGGCGCGGCCACGGCGCACGCAGGGCGCGAAGACUACUGGACCCCGCAGCUGAACCUGCCGUCGUCAGCUUCUCCGCCGAGCAUUCACCAGAGGGGAAGGGGCACUCCCACUCCCCAAGGCCACGGCCGCAGGCGAGGAGCAGCCGGUGAAGCGACCGUCGCCGGGAGGAAGGGCAUAAGCAUCGACCUGACGGCGCCGCUGCUAUUGGGGAUCGUCGCGGCGGGGUUCGUGAGUUACAACGGGGAGCAGGUGGCCGGAGGUGGCAGCGGCAUUCAGGAGCAUGUUGGCGGCGCCAUCGCUCUUGGAGUCGUCAACAGCUUUGAAAUGAAGGUCGUUCUGGCCGGGGUGACUUGGUCCAUCAUCGGCGCAGCCAUUGCCGGUGUGAUUCAGGUACUCGGAAGAAGGGAAGAGGACAUUUGGAAAUGAAGAUACUUGUCGAAUCCGUGUGUGUGUAUAUACACAGAAAAUUGUGUACAUAUGUAAUCCUGCACAAAUAUGGGUGGCUGGCUGUUUUAUAGAAUCACUUGGGGUAGCUCAUGCGGGCCUAGAAAAGGUAGAAAAAGUCGGAACUCCUUGUCACCCUACAUCCCAAAAGAAUUUGCAGUUCUAACAUAAUAAUUUGCGGUGCU